AUGCAUGUCUUCGCCCAUCCAAAGAACAGGGGCAGAGUGUUGGUGUUGAGAGCCUACCUACUAAUGUACCACCUGUCUACCAACCCCGAACUCUUAGCUCAGACGGGCGGAGCUGCUGGAGCCCCUGUCUACGACCAUGACAGUAUCGCGAACUGGCCUAUCAUAUCACAGAAUCUCCCGUGUUCGCCAAUGAGAACAGGCCGCCUUUCAAACGUCUCUACAAAGAUGGGAGAACCUGGUCAGACAACUGGAACGGUAUUAGCAGCCACUGCAAUCGAAACAAAUGAUCUUCAGGUGGUGGUUAUAUGGCGAUCUGAACCCCUCGGCGUUUCUGAUCUUUCUACUCACAUGACCAGGGGCAUGCCAUAA